AACAUCACGUUCUGCCAUCGUCAUCAUCAUCAUCAAUAUCAUCAUCUUUUUUUUUCGCUGUUUCUCGUGGAUCGUGGUUUCGGCAGAUUCAGUGCGUAAUUGAAGUAUGAAACCUUUAAUGUUACAUGGCCACGAAAGGGCCAUCACGCAGAUCAAGUAUAACAGAGAAGGCGACUUGCUGUUCUCUUGUGCAAAGGACCACACACCGAAUGUUUAUUAUUCCCUCAAUGGGGAAAGGUUGGGCAACUUCAUUGGACACGGUGGUGCCGUAUGGUGCAUAGACGUCAACUGGGAUUCCACGAAGGUCAUUUCAGGAGCUGGUGACAACACCUGUCGUGUGUGGGAUUUGGAACGAGGCGCGAACAUCAACACAAUCACGACAGCCACGGCCGUGAGGACGUGCGUGUUUUCGUUCAGUGGCCGAAUGCUCAUGUACAGCACAGACAAAGCCAUGGGUCGCUUUUGCGAGAUCCACAUUGUGGACACAAGCGAUAAACGUCAAAUGGAGGGAUCGGACUCUGCCCUGGUGAUUCCAGUGAACACAAGCAAGGUCACCAGUGCACUCUGGUGGCAUUACGAUGAUGGAAUACUGUCCGCGCAUGAAGACGGCAACAUUGCCAUCUGGGACAUUAGGACGGGCGAAUGCAUGAACACCGUCAAGGGACACAACCACAACAUCAAUGAUCUGCAAUACAACAAGGACCAGUCCCUCUUCAUCACAGCAUCCAAGGACACGACAGCCAAGCUGUUCGACGCGGACACGUUGGAACACCUGAAGACGUACAAGACUGAACGUCCUGUCAACUCCGCAGCCAUCUCUCCCAUCCGAGAGCACGUGGUGCUCGGAGGAGGUCAAGAAGCCAUGGACGUAACGACGUCCUCUGUCAAGGCCGGUAAGUUCGACGCCCGAUUCUUCCACCUCAUCUUCGAAGAUGAAUUUGGAAAAGUGAAGGACCACUUCGGUCCCAUCAACAGCGUCGCCUUCCAUCCAGACGGAAAGAGCUAUAGCAGUGGCGGAGAAGAUGGUUACGUCAGAGUCCAUAACUUCGAUCCGUCUUACUUUGACUUUCAGCUGGAGUUUUGAAAUGUUCUUGCUAGAAAGAAUAAAAAUCUCAAUCAAAGCGCA